UGCUCGUGAGAUUCAUGUUUUGUUAGCCAUUCUAGCAAGCCGAUGUCGACCGGUUGAACUUACUAUCCGAUUAUUAUAUGUGCAUAAAACGGUUCGGACGCCACUCCUAGCUCAAGGGCAGGAUGGCACGUCAACAUAACCCACCUGAGAUGUCCCAGAAGAUGGAGUACUUGGAGCCUGAUGAUGAACCUGACAGGGAUUCUGGUGUCGAUGAGGACGCAGGGGAAGAUGCUGACAGCUGCCAUAAAAACACUUCAACAGUAGAGAAUAAAAAUGAGGAGCAGGAUGGCUUGGAAGAAAACAACAACCCUCCUGGGGAGGGAGAGGACUUUACCAUCUUUGUUGCCUUUCAAGGAAACAUGAAAGAUGAGGACUUCACUCAUAAACUUGACACGGUUCUAAGUGGCAUACCGAACAUCCUUGAUAUGGGGUCUAAUAAACUGCAACCACAGCGUGUGGAGCCAUGGAAUAGUGUUCGUGUUACCUUCAACAUUCCUCGGGAUGCUGCUGAGCGACUCAGACUGUUGGCCCAGAACAACCAGCAGCAGCUCAGAGACCUGGGGAUCCUCUCUGUGCAGAUAGAAGGGGAGGGAGCUAUCAAUGUUGCUGUCGGACCAAAUAGAGGACAAGAAGUCAGGGUGAAUGGACCAAUUGGUGCACCUGGUCAGAUGAGAAUGGACGGUGGAUUUCCAGGUCAAUCUGGUCCAGGGGUAAGGAUGGCAAACCCAUCAAUGGUUCCCCCUGGACCUGCCAUGGUUGGUCAGAAUAUGCUACCAGGCAACAGUGGACAGAUGCAUCCUCGUAUCCAGAGACCACCAUCACAAACAGAUGUGAUGGACCCAAUGAUGCCUGGUAUGUCGGUUCAACAACAACAACAACAGCAGCAGCAACAGCAGCAGCUUCAGCACCAACAGGCUGGUCCUCAUGCCUCCGGUCCAAUACCCCCUCAAGCUGCCCACCAUAUGCAGGCUCUGCAGGCUGGGAGACCACUAAACCAGGCUGCACUGCAGCAGCUCCACCAACAACAGCAGGCCCAGCAGCAAGCUCAGCUCUCUCAACUGGGACCUAGGCCCCAAUUCAACCCUUCUGGACAGAUGGUCGUACCUCCUGGCUGGAAUCAGUUGUCUUCUGGUGUUUUACAACCACAAACCGCUCAAGGCGGCCCUGCUUGGAGAAAACCCCCACUCCAAGCCCAGAUGGUUCAGCGCCCACCCUCCCUAGCUACAGUUCAGACUCCCAAUCAUCCUCCUCCUCCUUAUCCUUUUGGUAGUCAGCAGGCCGGUCAGGUAUUCAAUGCCAUGGGACAAGGACAAUUGCAGCAGCAACAGCAGGCAGGAAUGGGUCAGUUUGCUGCCCCUCAGCCUAAAGGCCAACAACCUGGCCCUGGUGGUGUCACGGGACCACCCAGACCUCCUCCGCCCCUUCCAUCAACUUCUGGACCACAGGGCAACCUCACUGCCAAGUCCCCUGGAUCGUCCUCAUCUCCUUUUCAGCAGAGUUCACCAGGAACACCUCCCAUGAUGGCUCAGAGGCCUACCACUCCACAGGGAUUCCCCCAAGGUGUUGGUUCACCUGGAAGAGCAGCCCUCAGCCAACAGGGUACCAUGCAGCAAGGAUUCAUGGGAAUGCCCCAACAUGCUCAGCCUGGGGCCCCAGUUCACCCAGGCAUGGCAAAGCGUCCCAUGGGCUUUCCAAACCCAAACUUUGUUCAAGGUCAGGUGAGUGCCAGCACUUCCGGGACCUCUGUUGGAGGAGCAAAUCAGCAGUUGCAGAGCAAUCAAGCAAUGACUCACACAGGAACACAGCCAUCACCCUCCACACCAAACUCAAUGCAGGGACCACCACAUGCUCAGCCCAAUGUUAUGGGCGUACAAAGUAGCAUGGCAGGUCCACCCCCUGGUACGACAGCUGGACCUAGUAUGGGCCAGCAGCAGCCUGGCCUCCAGACCCAGAUGAUGGGCCUCCAGCAUCAGGCCCAGCCUGUGUCUUCCUCCCCCAGCCAGAUGGUUCAAGGUCAGGGUGGAGGUCAGACUGUCCUUUCAAGGCCCAUCGGUCAAGGGCAGAGAGGAGGGAUGACCCCCCCUAAGCAGAUGAUGCCACAGCAAGGCCAGGGGGUGAUGCAUGGGCAGGGUCAGAUGGUUGGAGGCCAAGGGCAUCAGGCCAUGCUCCUGCAGCAGCAACAACAAAAUUCAAUGAUGGAACAAAUGGUUGCUAACCAGAUACAAGGAAACAAGCAGACCUUUGGAGGAAAAAUUCCAGCUGGGGUUAUGCCUGGCCAGAUGAUGCGUGGCCCCGCACCAAACGUUUCAGGCAACAUGGCUCAGUUCCAGGGCCAGGUUGGCCCCCAGCAGAUGAAUCCACAGCAAAUGACUCCACAGCAGCAGCAACAAAUGGUUCAGCUUCAGCAGCAGCAGUUGCAGCAGCAGCAACAACAGUUACAACAGCAACAACAGCACCAGUUGCAACAGCAGCAACUACAACAACAGCAACAACAACAACACCAACAGAUGAACCAGCAACCGCCUCAGCAGGUUCCAGUGGCUGGUAAUCCAAAUCAAGCGAUGGGCAUGCAUGGGCAGCAGAUGAGACUACAAGUUGGCCAUCAUCUUAUGCAACAACAGCUACAGCAGCAGCAUCUGCAGCAAAAACAACAACAGCAGCAGCAAGCAAUGUUGCAACAACAACAACAGCAGCAACAACAACAGGCAGCCCAGCAACACCCACAUGCCAUAGGAGACCCGAAUAGUGGGACCGGAGAUUUAGGUGUGCAGCAGAUGGUGCCUGAUAUGCAGGGACCACAACAGCAAGGCAUGAUGGGGGGUCCUCAGCAUAUGCAGAUGGGAAAUGGACACUUUGCCGGUCAUGGCAUGAACUUCAACUCACAGUUUCCAGCCAGUCAGUUUGGACCAGGGGGGAAACAGGGCACAGGUGGGGGGAAUCCAGCCAAACCCAAGAAGAAGAAACCUCCACGAAAAAAGAAACCCAAAGAGGGUGAUGGGCAACAGCAAGUAGAUGGGCUUGGCAAGCAUCAAGUCAAGGGCAGCCUCAGAUGCAUCCUCAUCAACUGCAACAGCAGCAGGCUCAGCAGCCACACCUGCAGCAGCAGCUUGCGGGAGCUGCUCGAAGAAUGUCCCAUCCUGAUGCUGUGCAGGGUCCCCAAGGAACAGGAACCGAGGAGGGCCCCGCUGGUGCCCACUCAAAGCAAGACAGGCCAACUGGCUCAGAAUCUGGAGUGCAGUCUGGAAAUGGAACGCAGCAGAUCGUAACCAGCCAAGGCUCCAAUCCUCACAUGAUGAUGAAGCAAGGCCCUGGUCCAGCGCAAAUGUCUCAACACACCGCAGCCAGCCCCCAGCAACAGUUACCCACUCAGCCUCAGCAAGGAGGCCACAUGCCAGGCCUACAUUUCGCCAACGUCCCUACAACUUCACAGAGCUCGAGACCUAAAACCCCCAACAGAGCCAGCCCCAGGCCAUACCACCAUCCCCUUACCCCAACUAAUCGUCCACCCAGUACAGAGCCUUCUGAGAUUAACCUUUCACCUGAGCGGCUAAAUGCUUCAAUCGCAGGCUUGUUUCCUCCAAAAAUUAACAUUACCCUGCCUCCACGACAGACAAACCUUAACAGGGGAUUUGAUCAGCAAGGUCUGAACCCAACAACUCUAAAAGCCAUUGGGCAGGCUCCCCCGAGCUUAACUCUAACAGGAAACAACGGCAAUGCAGGUGGAAAUAACGCUAACAACAAUCAACAGUCAUUCCCUUCUGGUGCUGGUGUAGGUGCUUCAGGUGCUAAACAGGACAAGCAAUCUGGAGGGCAGAAUAAAAGGGCAAGUCCAAGCAAUAGUCGGAGAUCAAGUCCAGCCUCUAGUCGCAAGUCAGCCACUCCAAGUCCAGGUAGACAAAAGGGGGCUAAAAUGACCGUUGCUUGCCCUCCCCACCAGCAGCAGUCAGCAAACCCUCAAGGUCAAACAAUGAUGCUUAGUCCUUCCUCAGUUCCUCCAAGUCCAAACCCAGUAUCUCUGCCUUCACAAGUGAGUGGAGGAAUCGAGGCACAACAGACACAAAGUUCAAUCCAUGGGAUUCAUGGUAACCCUGCGGAUGGGGCCAGGGAAAAUUCAGGAAUGAUUACUGCAGAGCAGCGGCAAAUACCCCAACCUCAGCCCGCAGGACAGACUUUAUCAACCCCUAGAAUGGCAAGUCCUCGUCUGCCUGCGCCUCAGCCACCUAAGCCUGAUUUGGAAAUGCAUACUGGCACAGCUGAAAAGCAGUCAACACACCCAACAACUGUGCAGGACUCUGAGGUCUCACCAGCUCUCAGAGCAGCUCCAACCUCCCUCAAUCAGUUACUGGAUAACACAAGUGUUUCAAACACAUCUCUUCGGCCCACACAGAGUAAUGCUGUUGCCAUUGUAAAAGACAAUCCCAAGUCUGCUCUGGAUCCAGAUAGGCACAGUAAUUCCCAGGGUACAGAUAAGUCUGUGUCUAACGUUUCUGUUUCUGCUGUAAGUGAAACGGAGCCUAAACCCAAACCUGUUGCCCCAAUUCCCGCUAAUAGCUCUAACUUGCAGAUUACAUCAGCUCCCAGCUCACAUCCUCCAACUAAUGUAAUCUCUAGUAGUACUGUUAGUCUUAACCAAAACCCAAGCUCCGGUCUUGUCAAUGCCAUUCCAAAUGUAAACCCAGGUACCAACAUCUGCAGCUCAGCUAAUGCUAACACUAAUGCUGCCCCAAGUGUAAGCCUGAAUACAGUCUCUUCCAGUCAUAAUAGUUCUGCCUCAACCAUUAGUACCAGUUCUGUCUCCAGCUCUGCUGUAAACUCUACCAUUUCAGCUCUUAAACCAAAUCCUAGUCUUAAACCUGUAACAAGCGUGCAUUCAGUCAUACAGAUCCCUGCAUCGUCAAGCACCAUUACCCCCAACCAGAUCACAGUAUUUGUCACCUCUAAUCCCAUCACUUCUGCCCCCACUCCACAGGCACCCACAUCAAUGGUUUCCACCAUGGUGGCUGUCCCUAACAAGAACAUUAGACCUCAGGACAUCCGACAACAGAGUCCUGGCACUCGACCACAGUUUAUCACCACAACCCCUGUAUUUAUCAAUGGACUUUUCCAAGUCCCAGGUUCCUCUGUGGCUCCCAGCACAACAGUGGUAUCACAGUCCGUCACCAUGGUGGGGCCAAUCCAGGUGUCCACUGCAAACAUCCAACUAUCUCCCGCUUCAAGCACCACACAGACCUCAGGGGCUAACAUGGCCAGCACCCAGCCCACAAGAAGUGUUGUUGGACAAAUCCAAAUAGCCGCUACUGUGCCCUCAUCAGCCCCGAUUGGUACCCUCCUAGCUCCCCAGCAAGUUAACCCUGGGACAGUCAAAACAGAAACUCAAGUUGAGACAAGUUCCUCUCAGAAAUCUACUAUUCCAGUCCGUCAACCAUCUCCCCAUCCAAGCUCUGCAGCAUCAUCUCCUUAUCAGCCUUCUCUGGCCUCUCCACCUCCUUGCUCUAGUCCAGGAGCUAUUAACACCAUAAGAAAGACUUCAAUGUCUCCUUCUCCUACUGGCCAGCUGAAAAGUAAGACUGCACCAGUCGCUGUAUGUGUUUCUGGCGCAGAUGACUCAAAGCAAAACACUGUAGAAAGGCCUCCACAGGUACAUACAGGGGCUGUCCCACCUCAGGUCUUGGUUUAUACUGGUAGUCCAGCUAUUCAGACGGAGGCACAAACUCCUCAUACUACUGCUGUUAGUUCAAACGUUACUCUGCCUGUAGUUUCUUCUUCUCCACUCCCCGUUCCAAACCAACUUACUGUUGCUACUCAGUUAGUUGGUCAGGCUCCAUUGGUUGCACCAGUGUCAAUCUCAAGCCCAGCACAGGCUGUCAAUUCCCAAGCUGCUGUUGUGACUGUAGUUGGUGCCGGCACUGGGGUUCCUUCCCGUACCUUGCUCUCUACAAUCGCUCCUGUUCAAAGUCCUGUACCAUCUGUUGUUCCAAUUGUUCCAAUCAAACCUGGACCCGUUGAGUCUCCUCACAGCACAUCUUCCCCAGUUGCUAACCCCAGCGGAGUUCCACCAGGUCAGUGUGAGGCUCCUGCUUCAGAACCAAUAACACCAUCAGCAACAGCACCUGCUGAAUCCAUACAGACUGCUCAAGGUAAGUUUUCUGUACAGAGAACAGUGUGAUUGUCCACAUGUUUCAUAUCAUGUUAGCAAGAAAUUGCUAGUAUUCUGAGCAUGGUCCUUAGUCAAACCAGAACUCACCAUGUAAUGCUGGAAACCAGUAACACGUCUAAUACCACAAGAGGUAUUGUUAACAUUUUAUUGUUGAAAGAGUUAGAUGUGCAAUCUGGGAGAAAAAAAAACAAUCGUAGCGUAUGAUACUGGAACUGACAAGCUUGUUAAAGGCCUUCUUUCAAAAGCCCACAUACUUUAACAAAGCUUCUUCAUAUGGUUUCAGCUGUACAGACAGUACUGCACAGAAUACAGGUUUAUGUUUUAUUGAGAUACUUAAUGCUAUUAGUUAAUUACAUUGUCAUGUCGACCCCCAGCACCUCCUCAACCAGAAGCUUCUCAGGAACCUGUUGCCAUGGAGAAGACCAGUGAAGAGGUCCCAACAGGUUCUGAGCAAGGAUGGGCAAAGAAAAGAAAGACGCCCAUCAACUUAGUCCCAAGAGCUGCUGUGGAGAAACCCAAGGGCCCAAGCAGACGCAGCUCACGAGCUGAGAAAGAGGUGGAGGAGGAGCCAGCGGCAGACAGCAGCAUGCGGAAAAGAUCGGCCAGACCUGGGACCAGUACUACUGUAAAAGAAACUGGAGCAAGCCCCACGCAAGCCAAAAGAAGGAAAUCUAAAUAGUCACAACUGCAGUGGUGGUUGCCUGUGAAUUGUACUGUAAAUGUUUUAGUUUGCCAUUGUGAAUCAGUUGAUAGAAGUUUCUCUCACCCAGAUUCUGAAAAGUCACUGGAGGCAGAGACCAUGUACAGACUGUUUUAAAAAGAUUGAUGCUAUUGUUUUGUCCAUGCUAUAAUGUGAGAUUGUAGUUAGAAUGUGACCAUAAAGUUUGUGUGAAUGUGCUUUUUGCAUUAAAUGCUGGAUUAAUCAUUUGAAGACUGAUAAUGAACUUGCCAUAACUGUAUAAUUAUGUUGUAAAAUGGAAUUAAAUUUUCUACUGCUCUUGUUCUGUGAAAACAUGUUGACUAUUGUAACUCUUAAAAUUUUAAUUUUUACCAACAACUGUGGUUAAUUGUUUUACAGUCCA